AUGGCUGCUCAGAUUGAUCAGAAGAUAAUUCAAGAGCAAGAUACGAUGGCUGAGAUCAUGCCAGAUGUCAUAACGGCGAUGUCAUCUCUCCUACAAAGGGUGUCGGAGACGAACGACGAUCUGAGCCGUCCGUUCAGGGAGCACCAGAUGAUGUCAGCUUUCAAUGCACUGACCAAACCUUCUAUAUCGAUCAGAAGCUAUAUGGAGAGGAUCUUCAAGUACGCAAACUGUAGCGACUCGUGUUACAUAGUCGCGUAUAUAUAUUUGGAGCGGUUCAUACAAAAGCAGCCAUAUUUGCCCAUUGAUUCCUUUAAUGUCCAUAGGCUCAUCAUCACCAGUGUCUUGGUCUCUGCCAAGUUCAUGGAUGACUUGUAA